GCAAUUUGCAGUUGACGUCCCUGAGUAAAAGAUAAAUGCAAUUAAUUAACCAGAAAAAUGGGAGAAUAACAAUUAAGAUUCAAUUCAACAGGUUAAAUAAACGUGGUUUAACCCGCAAGCAAUGCCCUAAUGUUAACUGAUGUUGAUACGAAUAAUUUUGCUGUUUAUGUGCAUGAUGAUGAUGAUGAUGAUGAUGAUGAUGAUGAUGAUGAUGAUGAUUGAGGUGGAUUUCUCAGGGUUCCUCAACCAAUACUAGUUGUCCAGUACAUUAAAUUGCACACAGGGGCACAAGAAAAACUGAAUUACGUCUAGGAAACAUGUCCAGAUGUUACGUAGCACAAUUAGAUGGAUGACAGGUUUAUCAAGCAACAUGGAGCAAAAUAAAUCGACAAGUACUGUUGAGAGCAGUGCUAGUACCAGCGAAGUACCAGUGACACCAGAUGCCAUCGAGGUCGAUAAUUCCCAAACAAUAUUACUAAAGAUAGCGACUCUAUAUGCUGAACGGCUUAUGAAUGACAUCUGCUUAGUGGUGGAUGGAGUUGAAUAUCCGGCACAUCGAUUGAUUCUCUGUGCAUCGAGUGAUGUAUUUCAGGUUAUGCUGAUGUCCCCCCAAUGGUCAGAAUCCCAGGAAUCCCGAGUAACCCUGCAAGAGACUCCCCAAUGCGUGCCCCUGUUCAGUGAAUUCUUGCGUUACUUUUACACUGGUCAAAUCCGAAUAAGCUAUGAAGUGGUUUUGCCAAUCCUCUCACUCGCCGAUAAAUACAACGUCCGUGACUUGAUCAGCCUUUGCCUUGAGUACAUGCAGAAUCACAUCGCAGUGGCAGCCAUCCACGGUACUCUAGUCUCCUGGCUGGAGUACACAUCGAACUGUGGCCACCAGGAUAUCACCCAGACAUGUCAGAAUUUCAUAAAAUGGAAUAUCGAAUUGGUAGCCAGAACCGCAGACUUUGGCAAUUUCGAGCUGGAUGUACUGGUAACACUUCUCCACCAGAGUGAUCUCGUUAUCAAAGACGAGAUGACCUUGUACAGAUGCCUGGAGGACUGGUUGAAUCACCAGGCAAAUCGCCUCAAGACUCAGCUGACAUUAACAGAAUUCGAGUCAACAUUGAAGCAACUUGUCGUUGCUGUGAUGACUCCAGUGAGAUUUCCAAUGAUGUCCCCUAGACAAUUGGCUGAGCUUCUGCUGUCACCGCUGACUAAAAAGUAUAAGGAGUUCUUUGUUGAAAGAAUGGCCAUUGGCAUGGCCUUCCAUUCUGGUCAUCACGAAAGAGUGCGUGAAGUAAUGAGAACUGAGGACGAUGGGGCGUUGCUCUUUGAGCCUAGAUUGUACAUAGUCGACACCUGCAGCUCACUCCUCACCAUCGAGAAUUUUCACAGCCUUCCAUCCUAUCAUACCAGAACAUUGGUGUUUUCCAGUCAUUCAUUCCUUGCUGAAUAUGCUGGUGAUCGUGCAUGCGAAUGGGUCGUUGACAUUUAUCCGAAGGGUGUCUGGUUCAAGAAGUUCUUUCUCAUUGUUUGGCAUGGGACUGUUGAGAUGCCUGAGCACGUCAUCAGGUCUGUUAGGCUGUCAUUGACGUGCAAGGAACCGCCAAUCGAUCGUCAUGAAGACAUGAGGGUCAAAAUUGGUGUGCUUAUUUAUGGCUUGCAGGAUGGAGUCGAGCAUAUUGCUAGAGCCACUGAAAUCAUUCACCGAUUUAAUAAAAAGGAUAGGGUCCUUAACCUCGAUGAUUUACUGCCAUUUGAAGAACUCAAUCCUCAGCAAGAAGUCGUGCAUAAUGUUAAUCCUAUUUCACCGUUUCUUGUGGGGGCGAAUAAGGAUAUGCUCAAGCUGCAUAUUGUUAUUUCUCCAGCCAAUUAAAGCGCUUGAACAAGUGGUGAAAUGCAAUGAUUACUUUUUUUCGUUAUUUUAAUAAAAAGGAGCGAAACUGAGAACACAUAAGCUCACAUUUUUUUUUGUAGCUGGGAACGUUUCCAACCAAAAGUUCUUUUGUAUUUUUAAUUUGAGUGACUUGCUAUCGAUUAUCGAUAUGACUCGAUAUUUGUCCGAUGAAGAAAAUCCAUUUAUGAUUUACUUCAACUGAUAAUUGGGCAUCUUUCUUUUCAUUUUUUAUUUCCGCUAGUUUUUUUAAACGCCGAUAUGGAUACCGAUCAUGGAUGUUUUUCAUCGUUGUACUGGCAUAUAUCUGCAGCACAUAUUUAUUAUUUGGCGUU